GGGCUCGAAAGACUAAACUCCAAAAAAAAAAAAAAAAAAUCAAUCGAAAGACUAUAUUUAAAACUAAUUUCCCGAAUUUUCUUUUCUUUCCCGAUUCCCAUAUAAGAAUACGAAUACUUCUCUAAAAACCCAACAACCUUUCUCUCUCUAAACUGUCCUUCAACAGGAAAAAUGGCAGACCCACAUGAACCACUUCUCUCCACCAUGGAACAAGAAACAGCUUAUGAACCAACUGAGAAAAUCGAUGUUAUUGGAAUCAAUGAAAACGACGCCGCUUUUGAUGAUUCCAAAACGCCACCGUUUUCAUGGAAGAAACUCUGGUUGUUCACUGGACCAGGGUUUCUGAUGAGCAUAGCGUUUUUAGACCCAGGUAACUUAGAAGGUGAUUUACAGGCUGGAGCAAUUGCGGGUUACUCUCUUUUAUGGCUAUUGUUUUGGGCCACCGCUAUGGGCCUUUUAAUCCAGCUAUUAUCGGCCCGUUUAGGUGUUGUUACGGGCCGACACUUGGCUGAGCUUUGUCGUGAUGAGUACCCUAAAUGGACUAGGUAUUUGUUGUGGAUUAUGGCGGAAAUGGCUUUAAUUGGGUCGGAUAUUCAGGAGGUGAUUGGUAGUGCUAUUGCUUUGAAGAUUUUGAGUCAUGGGUUUUUACCACUUUGGUCUGGUGUUCUUAUUACUGCUUCUGACUGUUUCCUAUUUCUAUUUCUCGAAAACUAUGGUGUGAGGAAACUGGAAGCUGUUUUUGCAGUCCUAAUUGCAACAAUGGCUUUCUCUUUUGCAUGGAUGUUUGGUGAUACAAAGCCUAGCGGUUCAGAGCUCCUUGUAGGUAUUGUGGUUCCAAAACUAAGCUCAAAAACAAUUCAACAAGCUGUUGGUGUGGUGGGAUGCAUAAUUAUGCCUCAUAAUGUGUUCUUACAUUCCGCCUUGGUACAGUCGAGAGAUAUUGAUCACACCAAACGAGUGCGAGUAAAAGAGGCGCUCAAUUAUUAUACGAUUGAGUCCUCUGUUGCUCUCGUCAUCUCUUUCAUUAUCAACCUCUUUGUUACGGCUGUUUUUGCCAAGUCAUUUUACGGCACACCAGAGGCAGAGACUAUAGGCCUCUCGAAUGCUGGCUAUUAUCUGCAAGACAAGUAUGGGGGCGGGUUAUUCCCGAUUCUAUACAUUUGGGCCGCUGGGCUGUUAGCAGCUGGACAAAGUAGCACCUUAACGGGUACUUAUGCAGGGCAAUUCAUUAUGGGCGGUUUCCUAAAUCUCCGACUGAAGAAAUGGAUAAGGGCGUUGAUCACCCGAAGUUGUGCAAUCAUCCCAACCAUCAUCGUGGCUCUUAUAUUUGAUACGUCCGAUGAUAUGCUGGACACCCUGAAUGAAUGGCUAAACGUGCUGCAGUCGAUUCAGAUACCUUUUGCUCUCAUUCCACUCCUUUACUUGGUUUCCAAGGAAGACAUCAUGGGUGUUUUUAGAAUCGGCCCAGUUCUUAAGACACUAGCUUGGCUUGUAGCAGCUCUCGUGAUUGUAAUCAACGGGUAUCUAAUGGUAGAGUUUUUUUCCACCGAAGCAACAGGAUUACUGUUUGGUUCAGUAAUAUGUGUUUUCACAGCAGCAUAUACAGCAUUUGUCGCGUAUCUGAUUUGGCGGAGCAUUGCCUCCUCAUCUUGGUUUAGCUCCAGUAAGUUUAGGAACGAUAUGAUUGAGUAAAUUUACCGACUUUCAGUAUGCAGCGCUUAACUCUGUGUUCGGCAUGUUCAUCUUCGCUCUUCGGGGUUGAGUUCGUUGCAUCUUCUAAUCGAUUUGCAUCAUAAUUAUUUUUGGAGGGCCAGUGUUUGUACAAAUCUAAGUGGCUUUCUGUACUUCUUUGUGCCAAUGCAAGGCUUAUUGCAAGAGCAUUACUAUCUCUGCCAUACAGAGAAUUCCUUUAUGUAUACUUGAUUGUGAAUAACAACUAUUAUAGCAUAAGGGGUAGUGUUUAUUUUGCAUUUUUUUUAAUUGGGGUCGAAACAAAGAUGUAAUUAAGCUAAAGCAAAACUAAUGGAGUAUAUAAACUAAUGUUUAAUGCACUUUAUUUUGGAAGCCUAGUGGAGUCAUGCAUUUUAUCCAUAUGAACGAUUAUUGGUAUUGAUAUAUUGGUUCAUGUAGUCGACUAUUGUUGUGGUGGUGGAGGAUUCGUGCAUAUUGAACGCAAUGCUCGGAACCACCUAUGUUUAGCUUCGAAAGUGAAAGUAAGUGUGCCUUUUUUUGGUCCUUUGAUGUACUCGACAGUCAGCAACGGGUAGUCGACACUCGCUUUGUUUACAUUUAUUUGGAAGCCUAGUAGAGUUGUGCAUUUUAUCCGUGUGAAAGAUUAGAUUGAUAUAUUGGUUUAUGUAGCCAGUUAUUGUUGUUUUCAUGGUGGAUUCGUGCAUAUUGAACGCAAUGCUUGGAACCACUUAUGUUUAGGUUUAAAGUGAAAGCAAGUGUGCCUUCGAUGUACUCAGCAAUGAGCAAUGGGUAGUCGGCACUUGCUUUGUCUGCAUUUAUUUGAUUCAUUGCCCUUAUUCGCCUUAGAGCAUUCUUAGCAAUUUUUUUUAAAGUUCAUCUCACUAUUAAUGACUUUUCUCUCUUUUAUAAGUUCAUCUUACCAAUUCUUAUUAAGAAUAAACUCUUUUUAAAAGCUUA